AGCACCAAUCCGUUACAGCAUAUGUCCAAAUAGAGUGUGCCCCUUUACAUUAGGUGUCACCAUCAGAGUGCAACUUUACAUCAUGUAUUCCCAUCACAUCAGGUGUGCCCAUCAGAGUGCUCCUUUACAUCAGUUGUCCCCAUCAGAGUGCCCCUUUACAUUAGGUAUCCCCAUCAGAGUGCCCCUUUACAUCAUAUUCCCCAUCAGAGUGCCCCUUUACAUCAUAUUCCCCAUCAGAGUGCCCCCUUACAUCACAUGUGCCCCUUAGAGUGCCCCUUUCCACAGUAUGUGCCCAAGAGUGCCCCUUAACA